AUGACUCAGGAUGUGGCUGUUCGUGAAGACCUACGUCAUCUAGACAUCUGCAGUGUAGAUCCACCAGGAUGUACAGAUAUUGACGAUGCAUUACAUUGUAGAAACAUUGACAAUGGUUACCUAGAGGUAGGUGUACACAUUGCAGACGUUACACAUUUCAUCCGGCCAGGGAAUGCACUCGAUGAUGAAGCAUCCAGUCGAGGUACAACUGUCUAUCUUGUGGAUAAGAGGAUUGAUAUGGUUCCUGAGUUACUGAGUUCUAAUCUGUGUUCUCUAAGAGGUAAAGUAGAGAGGUUCGCUUUCUCCUGUAUCUGGGAGAUCACUCAACAUGCUGAGAUUGUCAACGUCAGGUUUACUAAGAGCAUCAUCUGCUCAAGGGCUGCAUUUACCUAUGAAGAAGCGCAACUUAGAAUUGAUGAUGAUUCAAUGCAGGACAACGUUACUCUUGGCCUCAGAGGUCUGAACAGACUAGCCAAGAUACUCAAGAAGAAACGCAUGGACAAUGGAGCACUAGUAUUGGCGUCUCCGGAGAUUCGCUUCAGUAUGGAUAGUGAGACACAUGACCCUAUUGAAGUCCAGCAGAAAGAAAUGAGAGAAACUAACUCCAUGGUGGAGGAGUUCAUGCUGCUGGCAAACAUCUCAGUAGCUAAGAAGAUAUUUGAAGAGUUUCCUCAAUGUGCUUGCUUACGUCGACAUCCUACACCAUCACCCUCUAGCUAUGAACCCGUCAUUAAAGCUGCUCUGGCUAAGGGUGUUGAGCUGGAGGUUGACAGUGGCCAUGCUUUAGCUGAAUCCUUAGAUAAAGCAGAGUUACCCGACGAACCUUUCUUUAAUAAGCUUCUACGAAUGAUGACAACACGUUGCAUGACACAGGCGCUGUACUUUAGUAGUGGCACUUUACCAUAUGAAGAUUUCUUCCAUUACGGAUUAGCUGCACCUAUCUAUACACACUUCACAUCGCCCAUUCGAAGAUACUCUGAUAUAUUGGUUCAUCGAGCUUUGGCAGUAGCGAUUGGUGCAGAUAAGUCUUAUCCAUCGUUGCUUGACAAACAGAAAGUUCAGUCAAUGUGUAACCAACUCAAUAUGCGUCAUCGUAUGGCACAGUAUGCAGGACGGGCAUCAGUAGCUCUCCACACACAGGAGCCGUUUGCCGUUACAGUCUCCAUCUGA